AGAGAUAAAAAAAAAAAAAAAUUGAUGGUCGAUUGUUUGUUUUUUUCUUCCUCUUCCUCUCCCGAAAGACUCUCUCUCAAACUCGCGAAUCUCUCAAUUGGAGGAAAUUGGAAUCAAAGGAGAUGGAAUCAAAGGCGAUGGAAUCAGAGGAGAAUCGAAUCGGAGGAGAUUUGGAAUUCGGAUUAUUCUUCUUCUUCCUCCUCCUCCUCUGUAUUUUCAUUGUUUUUCCCCUCACUUUCUCACCGGAGAAUAUGAGGUGGGAAAGGGUCCGACAAGAACAACAACAAGUGGGUCUCGGUCAGUCUUAUUCCGCCCCUGGUAAGAGGUGGGAGCACACUUGUAACACCCAUUAAAGGAGGUAGCUUUCUCUACGUUUUCGGUGGCUAUGGCAGAGAUAAUUGCCAAAUCAAUCAGGUCCACGUUUUUGACGUUGGGCAGGAGAAACUGAGCCUCGUGUUGUUUUCCGCAAUAUCGUGCAAAGGCCUCGCCACAAAGCUACAGGUGAAACUGUUACUAUUGUUGGCGACCUGGAUCUUGGAUUGAUGAAGUACUUUGAUUGCACUCGCUCAGGACCACGUUCGCCUUUUGACAGCAAUGUGAUUUAUCAGUUUGAGAUCAUGGAAUAUCAAAGCAGAUAUGGACUCAACCAAUUAUCAAUGGCACACCUCCUCCUCCUAGGGACAGUCACAGCAGGAGACAACUUAUUUCUUUUUGGAGGGUUUACGGAUGCUCAGAAUCUUUCCAUGACCUCUAUGUGCUUGAUGUUGAUUGGCUUUGGUUUAUAAACACACUUGGAUAGGUGCUUCCCGUGAGCAAAACGAGGUUUGGAACAUAGGCUCCCCUGUUCUGGAGGUACAAUGGUUCGUAGUUCUGAGAGACCAUUGAUCAAACGGUCAGGGAGAAGCAAAGGAGUUGACAAUGGCGGUUGGGAUUGCGUUUGGUUCUGUUUUUCUUCUCACUCUUUUCAUAUGCCCUAACAACAAUACAUUGCUGAACUCUUAUCCCAAAUAUGGUGCUAAAUAUAGUUUAAACAAAACCCAGAUUCAGUUUCUAUUGCUUCUGCUUGUUCAUACCCAGUUCUACAACAUUGAAACAAAAAAGCAGAGAGAGAGGUACUGACUUGGACCAAGAAGAAAGAUUGAGACUAAGCUUUCCUGCGCAAAGAGAGAUCCAUACUAAGCUAUACUAAGCUAUCAAGAGUGAAAUAGAGAAGAAGAAGCAUGAGAGCUGACCAUAGUCAUUAGAAUUGAAGGCGACGAAGUUGACGAAGAGAGAAUUGUCUUCCUCGUUUUCUUAUUAGGGUUAGAGGUUGUUUUGUAAAUCCUUCAACAAACAAAGCUGAGGCAAACGCAGCCUCAUACCGCAGAUAGUUGCCACAACCAAACGAACAAGAAUACUUGCGUCAGCCGCAGCCGCAGCUACCUGCGGCAACCAAACGAACAGACCCAUAUCCGUAAACAGUUAACUUAUCAUAUAUCAAAGAAGGAACCGUACAGUCUUAUUCACCGUAAAUGGCAUUUCGUAGGGUUUUACUCUCUCACCUCCGCCGAUCUCGUCACACUUACUCCUCUCUCUCUCCUCACCAUGUCCCCGCUCCGGCACAUCGGUCAAUCGCUAUCGGUCUUUCCCAAUCCCGAUUCUUUUCCACUCCCCCGGACAUGGACUCUGAGCUGACUCGACUCAGAGACGUUUCAAUCGAUGGAUUUGGAAGCAAUGGUCAUGGGUUAGAGUUGGGCGAUUUAAGCCAAGAUUUGAUCGGAGCUGGUGUGUCAAACUAUGAUUACUUGACUCGACCUGUGAUCUCGUUGCUUGAUUCUUACCAUGACCUUACUGGAUUGCCUUGGUGGGUAGUGAUUGCUUCGUCUACUGUGGCUUUCAGAACGGCUUUGCUUCCUGUACUGCUUCUGCAGCGCAAGCAAACGAAACGGAUUUCACAGUUCCUUCCUAAGUUACCGCCUUUCUGGCCUCCACAGGGUUCAGGAAGGAGUGUUAUUGAUCAGUUUAAGCUUUUCCGGAAAGAAAGAAAAGCUAUCGGGUGCCCUUCGUUUUUGUGGAUUCCUGCUUAUUUCUCCAUCCAGAUUUCAUGUUUUUUCUUGUGGAUAACUAGCAUAAGAAGAAUGUCACUUACUCAUCAUCCUGGAUUUGAUUCGGGUGGAGCUUUAUGGUUUCAAGAUUUGACUGAAAUUCCCAAUGGUCUUUAUGGUCCACUCUUCCCCUUUUUAAUUGCUGGUUUGCAUUACACAAACACGCAGAUAACUUUUACAGCAUCUUCAGUUCACAAAGUUGAUAAGUUCGCGGAAUUGGCAAAAGCUUACAAGACAUUUCUAAAUCUUUUGACAGUUGCUCUUUAUUUCCUUUCAUUCCAAAUGCCUCAGGGAAGUCUGCUCUACUGGACUACCAAUUUGUCAUUCAGCAUAGCUCAGCAAUCAAUCCUCAACCAUCCUGUUGUAAGUGCUAAGUUGGGUCUACAAGGAGACGACACUCUUCAGAAAGAGGCUGGGAAUCCUAUACUGACAAACAUUAAUGAACCGCAACUCUCUGAUUCAUCCUCGAAAGGGCGCUUGAUAUCAGUGCAUAAUUUAACCCCUAAAGAGUUGGUUGCUCUUUCUGCCAAAUACUUGUCCGGAGGGCACAAAGAAAAAUCAAUUCCGCUAUUAAGAUUGGCAUUAGAAAAGGAUCCUGAAUAUCUUCAAGCUAUGGUUAUUCUUGGCCAGGCUUUAUAUCAGAAAGACCAGUUCGCUGAAGCUGCAAAAUACUUAGAGGAGGCUGCUUCAAAGCUUCUUGAUGCUUGUCCAACAGAAGUUGCGGAAGUCGAUCUUUUAAUUGUUGCAUCUCAAUGGGCAGGUGUAUCCAAUAUUCGACAGGGAAAGACAUCAGAAGGAAUCACACACCUUGAAAGAGUAGCAAACAUGGAAGAGCCUGAAGAUCCCAAGAGCAAAGCUCAUUACUUGGACGCAUUGGUUCUCUACUCAAGUGCUAUAUUUAACGAAGGAAGGAGAGAUGAAGCUGCAAAGUAUUUGAGAAGAGUGGUGGCUUAUGAUCCAUCCUUCAGUGAAUUGCUGAAACAAUGCGAAGAAGAUGAUACCGAUACCGAUACCAUUCCCACUUCUUCUUCAUCUAAUUCUACCCACAAAACUUCAUAAUUUUUUUUGUUUCUGUUGUUUUCUUUCCUUAAACUUAACUGAUUUUAUUUUGGGGGUUGGACCAUUAAAAUCGAUUUUUUUGUUUUGUGUUUUAUAGAUAAAUAAGAAUAUGGAUAGCUUUUUUUUUU